ACAUCCAAAUUAUCCUGUGAAAUAAUUUAAAAUUGCUACACAAACAAAUUUUUAAAUUAGUAUCCAUAGUAACACUGAAACUGGUUUUGAUUUAUAACCAAAGAAAUUGUAACAACGUUGCUUAAAAGUAUGAAAAUCAAUAUGUUAGUUGGUGUUUUUGCUUUAUUUGUAUUAUUUGCUGCUAAGACGAUACAUUCAUGUCCCAUUUGGGCCGGGCCACACAAAACUCUUCAGGAUGUUGCUGAUAAUUUACAGCCACAAGUACAGCAGGAGGCAGAGAAUGAACAGUGGCCGAUGGCGUCGUGGUCUGAUCCUUCCGUCCACCAAUCACGUGUGAGGCGCAGAGAUCCUCUCGUCCCACUCAACCUUGAGGAGUUCCGCAGAGAAAAUCUCGGCCCCAAACCUGUCUGGCGUGAUCCUAACACCAGAGACGACAACACCCACCUUCGGAAACAUGUCUCCAACAGUGUUAUUGAAGAGUGACAUUUUAGUUUUUCUUUUCUGUUAUUUAUUUGAUGAGCAAAAAAUAAAUUUUUGUUUUUGAAAAUCUA